AUGAUAAUUCAUUAAGAUAUAGGCCUGUUUGUUGCAUUCUAUUUCUCUGAUGAAGUAUUUUCAGAAGUCUUAACAUUAUUUCCUCAAGAAAUUAUUCUUAGCUGCACAAAUACUACAUUUACAAGUCUUAUUUCAAAGUAAUUGAAAAUACAAUAAUUACUUUAAAUACUCGUGGAUCUUUCAUUUAAAGCAUUCGAUCCAUUUCUAAAAACCGGUCUAUGAGGUAACUCAUUAGUUCUUAAAUAAUUUUGGUUUUGUAGUUGGUUUCGAUAUUUAUUUAAGGGUUACUCUCAACAAAAGGAACAACUAAGAGACAUCAAUUAUUGUAUUGUGAAAAGAGUCAAAUCUUAUCAUAAGUAAGGACUCUUAGAAUUACAAAUAUUUAAGGAACUUUGAAUACUUUGAUAAUCAUUCAUGGAAUGAAGUACUUAUUCAUUAUUAAAUCUUAGAUAAUUAACUUGA